AAGCCCCUUCGUUUGGUCGAAACUGCAGGCCCCCAUUCCGACCGAACGACACGGCUCCGGUGGCCAGGUAGCGGCGGCCGACGGGAGAGCAGAGGAGACGACGCGGCGGAGGAGAAGAUGGGCGACCAGAGCCUGAGCCUGGGCAUCCUCAUCGACAUCGUCGACGAGCAGUGGAUGCGCGACACCCUCCCCGCCGACGAUAUCCCCGUGCCGCCGGCGAUGGCCGUGAAGACCGAGGACACCGAGGACCCAGCGCCCGCAAGAAUUAUUUCAUACCAAACAGAUCAGGAAAGCCAGCCAGCACAAGGGGACGUAUGGAGGGAUUUUGCCUUGGAGAAUAUCUAACUGCUUAUGAUCUAGUACAAGUGCUUCAAGGGAUCAAGAUUCUGCUGGAAUUCUAGGAGCUGCACGGCGGACUCUGGCCUUUGUAGAUAUUUCUUAAAUCCAGUGGAUGAACUAGUGUAGUGUAUCUGGUUGAACUGUACUGUGUCAUGGCAAUAUGUAGAUGCUCCAGAUAUUGGCAGCAUGAUGGUAUUGAACAUCGUCAGAAACUAGAUUAUGUAGCCAGUUCGUAAUUCUGGAGGCGAUCAUUUGAGAAGUUUGGCUAUGUACAAAGUUCCUGACAUAUAAUAUUUGUUUGCUGUUGUUUCUUAAA